GUUUUCUUUCUUCCAGUCGCGUCCGAUCGUCAUUAUGCGGGACAUCGUGGAGUGGCCGUAUGACAAGGCACUGCAGCUGAUCAGGAUGUUUCAGCAGCGGCCUGUUCUAUGGGACUUUGGACACGACGACUACAAAGAUCGGCGAAAACGUAACAAGACCAUGAGCGAACUCGCGAAACGAUUUCAUGUCAGCAAGGCUGAGAUCGAGAGGAAGCUGAGUAAUCUGCAGAGUCACUUCCGUCGCGAAGUGAGGAAGGAGAAGAUGGCAGCCACCAUUCCCAACAAAUUCACGGUCUACCGCAGCAAGUGGUUCGCCUAUCAAGCGUUGAGAUUUCUGCUGAACAGGAACAGGCCCAGACAAAGUCAAGCCGCGACCGUUGGCAGCGAUGCAUUGGCGGCACAGCGGCGAAAGUCGAGGAUGGCGGAUGUCGCGAUGUCGGAAGUAUCCGACAAAAGCCGCCAGUGCGUUGUGAUGGCGACGCGUCUUGAGGAUUCCGAUAUACCAACGAAAUUGCAGCCUCUACGGAGCCCUCCCGUGAAAGCGAUCACACAUACGAGGACCAAGAAGGCUGCGUACACUGUAAACGGUGCUGCCUUCAAUAACUUUGUAUACGUUGACGCGAAUCAACAAAGUAAGACGAACAAUAGCCAGAUCAAUUAUUGGAACGAGAUGCGGAACAACGUGGACGGUCAAGACUCGAUCGGAUUUGCGACGGAGACAGGCGAUGAGGCUCGACAAUCGCAGAACAUCACCGAUUUCAGAAACGCCGAGCCAAACGAGAGCGCUCCUGUCUCAUCCUUCCCCUCGAGUGCUGAUAAACGAAACUACAAAGUGAUAUCCGAGGACAUGAUCUUACCAACGAUUAAUUUUCUCCUCGCUGAAGCGAAGGCGCGCGACUCGAACCAGCCGGAAUUGAAUUUCUAUCGGAGUCUUAUUCCGGACAUUAUGAAACUUUCCGAGAAGCGACGCAGGGAAUUCAAAGAAACGAUGCUGCACUCACUGCACGAUUUUUUGGACCAGGAAGAAGAUGAAUGUUCUUUCGACCGUCAAAACUAAGUAAAUCAAGUAGAAUUAACGUCGAAACUUUCGACGAACGAAUGUUAUUUCCGUCGACUUUUUAGCGCACGAAAUAUCAUUUAACAACUAGCGGCUUUUGUCGCAGACGAUUCGACUGACAAAAAGUCGACGAGUAACAUUGAGAGCCGUGAAAUUUUUUAUUCCGAUUUUUUUAUAUAGCCAACAGUUACAUACUUGGAGGAUAAAAUAUGUAUAUAUUUAUAUUAAUUUAUAGAAUGUAUUGAUAGGUAAGGUCAAUAGGAUAUAAAUAUUUUUAUAACGACUAUCUUUUGUUACAUCUUCGCGAAUUAUUUCGUUGUCAAACCAUUGUCACACCCUGUAUAGAUACUUUGCUCAUACUAUGCACUCUAUGCAUUCUUUGCUUAUUUUUAUACUUACACGCAGUAUUGUACUUUGUAGAAAUGAUCAAUAAACGCCUAUGUUUAAUAUUUUCUAAUACUUGUAUGCAGCUUGUAUUCUCAGGGACUUUUCUAGCCAAGGAGAUGAUCGCGAGGGCUACGAAAAGGAUUGCGAGAUAAUUUAGACAAUUGACAAGACCGAUUAUUAAGAAGGGAAAAGUGUGCAGACAAUCCUGAUCAAAAUUUUAUGAAAUUUCUGAAUGUUAAAUACCUGAAUACCUUAUAGAGUAUCGAUUAUCUGCGAGAAUCAUCAAUGUAGUAAGAAAUAGAAGUAUCGCAAGCACACAAAUGUACGAAUGCAACAGAGAACACAGAGUUUUUUUUGAUCACGAAAACGAUC